AUGGCAGAAGAAGACUGCAGAAUCAUCCCUGUUGUGGAUAUCGCUACAAUUGGAAAAACUACUGACGCUGAAAUUCCAGCGGUUGAUUUGCAGCGCAUUGGUCGGCAGCUGACAGAUGCUUGUUCCAACAUCGGCUUUGUGUACAUCACCGGCCACGGGAUACCAGAAAGUCUGAUCGAGAAAGCGUUCAGCAGCACUGGCAAGUUCUUUGAACUGCCCCUGGCAGUGAAGGAAAAGUACAAUAGACUGGACGGUCAAGGAUACGUUGCCGUAGACCAAGAAACUCUCGAGCUCUUCCUCUCUCGAAUGGUUCAGUACGAUCAGUUCACACUUCCCCUGGUUUACCUCCAGCCCUACGGCUCUAAAGUCCUCAACGAGUUUUUGUACUGCCCGGAUGCCAACGAGUUUUUAGCCGUGCCUCGGCCUAAUAAAUUAUCGUUCACUUUACUCAGGCUGGGUGGCGACUUCAAGAAACACGAGUUACGCGAGAGUUUCGAUGUAGAAUUUUGCUUUAAUCGCUACCCUGACGAAGAGAUCCCCGACUUCGGCGCCUCCGUCGUCCAC